CACAUCGCCGUCAACCAGGCAACGUAGACAACGCAGAGCCUGAAUCAGCUGUCAGACGGUGUCGGCGUACGGGCGCUGCACCAACUCUUGCCCGCACCCAGGGACUCGCCGAUACGGGGAUACAAGGGCACGAAAUCAGACGUUUCAUCUUGAAACUUGGAAAUACUAUGAAUUAGCACAAAUCUAUAGCUACACAAUCGGUUACCGCUUCAAAUCAGCUACCUCUCGGAGUUAGUGGACAAAUCAACACCUCUCAGCUAACGUUGGACCGUGUAGCUCUCUCCGUCAGAUGUUAUUGUUCUUGUUUAUAAACUCUUCGACGCAGACGGACUACCAAGGUUGUGUCCUGAUAAAGCACAAAUGACUGCAUGUGACUGAGAUAAACAAAGCUAUUGUUUUUUUGGCUAGCUAGGCUGAUGUCAAGCGACGCUACCUGUAUCUUAAGGUAUUUUACAUGUGUAUCAAUUCUGCCGGAGGACGCUUUUGGUGUUUUCUGCUUAUAUUCAUUUAGAAAUACAGGAGUAGUAACAUUUUUGUCGUCCUGAGGUGGUCCGACUUGUACCUCUAACCUGGCCUGAGUUAGAGACCCCGGGCUCGAUUUGCCAUACUGACUUGUGGGAACAAGCUUUGCUGUCGUCUCUGCUUGGUUUUUCUAGUCAUUGACAGCCUGCAUUGCUGAAGCGGUGUUGUCGCAGAACCAGAGCCCUCCUCUGUCUUCUCAUUUUAUGUCGGAGAAAAGGGGUUUCUCAGGAAACCCGUUGAUUGAUUUUAAGUUAGUUUUAUGCCGAUUAUCCCUUCGUGAAUUAACCACAGAGGAGUGUAAAACUUGGGAACUAAACCUGAAUUGCAAAGUUUGUGGAGUUAGUUUAAACUUACUAGCUACCUAGCUUGCAAGCCAUGACUUUUUCCACUGACGGUUGAAAACUUUAGCCAGACUGCUAGCAACAGCUAGCAAAGAAAAAGCGACACGUAACCUGGGAACUCCAAUGAGCCAUUCAACAUUUUAACUUCUGGAAGAAAACCUGUUUCGCUUAAACGAACCGGACAGUAAUGAUCGAUGUGUAUUAAAAUUUGACCGGAUUUCUGAGACCAGUCCCCUCUUGAGAAACUUUGAAAAUGUCAACGCGGACGCCAUUGUUACCAGUCAAUGACUACUCGGCCAGUCAGCAGUCCCAUGGGGUCUCUAAGAGCAGCUCCAACUCGUCGCGGAACAGGAAGUCCAUGUCGAGCGCGGUGGACGACGACCUGCCCCAGGUGGGGAACUACCGGCUCAUCAAGACCAUCGGCAAGGGCAACUUCGCCAAGGUCAAGCUGGCCCGACACACACUCACAGGGAAGGAGGUGGCUGUGAAGAUCAUAGAUAAGACCCAGCUAAACUCUUCUAGCCUACAAAAGCUAUUCCGAGAAGUGCGGAUCAUGAAGCAGCUGAAUCAUCCCAACAUCGUGAAGUUAUUUGAGGUGAUUGAGACGGAGAAGACGCUGUACCUGAUCAUGGAGUACGCCAGUGGAGGUGAAGUGUUUGAUUACCUUGUUGCCCACGGAAGAAUGAAAGAAAAAGAAGCUCGUGCCAAGUUCCGACAGAUAGUGUCUGCUGUGCAGUACUGCCACCAGAAGUGCAUCGUACACAGAGACCUGAAGGCAGAGAACCUGCUCCUGGACGCAGACAUGAACAUCAAGAUCGCUGACUUCGGCUUCAGCAACAAGUUCACGAUGGGCAGCAAGCUGGACACGUUCUGCGGCUCCCCGCCCUACGCCGCGCCCGAGCUCUUCCCCCCCCAGGGCAAGAAGUACGACGGGCCCGAGGUCGACGUCUGGAGCCUGGGGGUCAUCCUCUACACACUCGUCAGUGGGUCACUGCCCUUCGACGGACAGAACCUAAAGGAGUUGCGUGAGAGGGUUCUACGGGGAAAGUACCGGAUCCCGUUCUACAUGUCCACGGACUGCGAGAACCUACUGAAGAAGUUCCUCAUUCUCAACCCGACCAAAAGAGGCAGCUUGGAGCAGGCGAUGAAGGACCGCUGGAUAAACGUGGGGCACGAGGACGACGAGCUCAAGCCCUUCCUGGAGCCGCAGCCCGACUACAAGGGACCCCCGGAGGACAGGUCAGCACCGCCACGGUGCGCCAGGGUCGGGGGGCCGAGGGUCAAGGGUCAAGGGUUGAGGGAGGGUGUGGGGUCACUUGGCGAAGUGUGUUUAGCCUGCCUCACUGCACCUGGAGCAGGUGUCUGGAAGGUGUAUGUAUGUCUCUGUUGGUCUGGAAGGUGUAUAUAUGUCUCUGUUGGUCUCCUGAAAGGUGUAUGUAUGUAUCUGUUGUGUGUCCUGUUGUUCCUCUGUGUCCUGCAGAACAGCAUCUCUACUGGUACGAGUCGCAACACCAGCUCCCCCCACACUAAUAGAGCCACUCUAUCCAUCCAUAACGGCAGAGACAGCCUGAGCACCCCGGGGUCCCGCGCCUCCACUGCCUCUGCGGCCGCCGUCCUCUCCAGCUCCUCCUCCUCCUCCUCCUCGUCCCGCCCCCGACACCACAAGUCCCUGUCCACCUCCGCCCACCCCAGCCCCCCUGACACGCACGCACCGCGGCCCAGCAGCACGACCCCCCAGAGAUUGUCCGUGGCGUCUCCCUCCGCCCACAACAUCCACAGCAGCUCCUCGGCCAUGGACAAUACCAACUUCCCCAGGGGGGUGACAAGCCGCAGCACUUUCCAUGCUGGCCAGAAGAGGGCGACGCGGGACCAGCACCCCGGGGCCUACACGGGCACGCAGGGGUCGCCUGGCAACCAGCCCCGCGGGGGCCGCCCCGCCACCUCCGGACUCUUCAGCAAGUUCACCAACAAGUUUGUGCGCAGAAAUCUCUCCUUCAGGUUCUCCAGAAGGAACCCCUAUGAGGGCGAGGGGCGUGAUGAGGCCUGCAGACCCAUGCUGAGCACAGCGGAUAAGAUUGAGAAGGGCGGCACGCUGGGCUCGGGCGGCGACGAGAACAGAGACACGCUGUCGCGCUCGCCGGGCACCGGGCUGGCCAGCCCCGCGGGCCUGUACGCGGCCAAGGACAAGCCCCGCUCACUCCGCUUCACCUGGAACAUGAAGACCACGUCGUCCAUGGAGCCAGCGGACAUGAUGAAGGAGAUCCGCAAGGUGCUGGACGCCAACAGCUGUGAGUACGAGUCGCGCGAGCGAUUCCUGCUGCAGUGCAUCAGCGGCAGCCCGCUGCGCGAGGACUUCGUCCAGUGGGAGAUGGAGGUGUGCAAGCUGCCCCGCCUCUCCCUCAACGGCGUCCGCUUCAAGCGCAUCGCCGGAACCUCCAUCGCCUUCAAGAACAUCGCCUCCAAGAUCGCCAACGAGCUCAAGCUGUGAAGAGGGCCGGUAGAGGAUGCAGGGGCAGCAGGGGACACGAUGACCCCCCCCCCCCCAUGAAGGCCCUGGAGGGAUGGGCAGAAGAGAGUGGGGUACACCUGUGGAGGAUGGUCAGUACACCUGUGGAGGAUGACACCUGUGGAGUAUGGUCAGUGCACCUGUGGAGGAUGACACCUGUGGAGGAUGGUCAGUGCACCUGUGGAGGAUGGUCAGUGAGACAGAUGGACCUUUAUAUCAUCAUCAUCAGUUGGAGGUAUUUGAGAGGAGUAGACCGCAGGAAGAUGGACUGGAACUUUGACAGACGAUGCUGGCCGAGGUUGUGUGUCUGUGUGUGUGUGUGUGUGUCUGUGUGUGUGUGUGUGUAUGUGUAUAGAUAAUUGAAAAUGAUCUUUCUUUCUGGGGGAGGUUGUCUCUUUCUCUCUGGUUUGGGUUGUCUGGCUCCACGCGGCUGUUUUCUUUGUGUUUGUUCACUCUUUUGUUUAGUUUGGUUCUCUCACUUUUCUGUUGUUGUUGGACUUGAUGAUAAUUCUCUAUUUUGGAGAAAGUACAGUGCUGAUUGUUCUAUGCGCAUUAUGUUCUUCAAGACACACAUAAAAAAAAACAGGAACUUUUGUGAAACAAUGUUGUCUGGUUUUUCUUUUAUCAAAAAAGAAGACACAUCUUCCCAGUUCAUCAGCACAUGAGCUGGCCCUUACCCUCACCCUGAACGUCUCCCCACAUUUCCCCACCAGGGGGCGUAGUCGUGGAGAAACACUGUCUUACUUGAGCAACUUCACUCCGAACCCCCCGCGACUGUGAGUGUUCUGACACGUUCCAUUUGCAGUCUGAUACCCUGAAUGUAGAUGCCUCCGUCACCCGUCAUGGCUGGACAAUUUCUCACAGAGCUGUUUUUUUUCAAAAAAGCUUAUCACGCUCCCAUUGGUUCUUUAUCCAGCCAAUGGCAGCACAGAGUAGCUGAACCUGUUACUGUUUGCUGAUUGGUGGAGCUGUCUCACCUGUCUCCGUGGCUUCCUCUCCGGGCCCGUCUCACCUGAGGGACGUGAAACGACACGAUCCCGGCUCCGCCACGCCCACACCAGGACUCCUACUCUCUGCGCCCCAAACCAGUUUGUUUAGUUUCAUUUUGUCGUCCUUCUCUUUGUUGAUUUUUUCUCUGUUUUUCCUACAGCAGGGCUCAUUUAUCUGAGAUACUAAUUAAGGGCCAAUUGAUGAAUUAUUGGUGAAUUGUAAUGUAAUUACGAGUUGCUGGGUGGAGUUACUGUGCUGCACUGGAGUGAGUUUCGUUGCCUUUCUCUGGAGAAAAUAAUGAUUAUUAUCAUUACUAUUAAUAUUAUUAUAUGAAUAAAUAUGUUUGAACGAG